AUGUUUGCCCGUCGUACCUUCAACCUCUUCCAGAAGCGCGCCUUCUCCGCUUCGGCCAGCCAGGCCUCCAAGGUCGCCGUUCUCGGUGCCGGCGGUGGUAUCGGUCAGCCUCUGUCCCUGCUGCUGAAGCUCAACCCCCGUGUUACUGAGCUCGCUCUGUACGAUAUCCGUGGUGGACCCGGUGUCGCCGCUGAUCUGAGCCACAUCAACACUGACAGCACCGUUACUGGCUACAACCCCGAUGCUGCUGGUCUUGAGAGCGCUCUUAAGGAUGCUGAGAUUGUCCUCAUCCCCGCUGGUGUUCCCCGUAAGCCCGGCAUGACCCGUGACGACCUCUUCAACACCAACGCCUCCAUUGUCCGCGACCUCGCCAAGGCCGCUGCUAAGGCUUCCCCCAAUGCCAACAUCCUGGUCAUUGCCAACCCUGUCAACUCCACCGUCCCCAUUGUCUCUGAGGUGUUCAAGGCCGCUGGUGUCUACAACCCCAAGCGUCUCUUCGGUGUCACCACCCUGGACGUUGUCCGUGCAUCUCGCUUCAUCUCCGAGGUCCAGACCACCAACCCUGCCGGCGAGAAGGUCCCCGUUAUCGGUGGUCACUCCGGUGUUACCAUCGUUCCCCUCCUCUCUCAGUCCGCCCACCCCUCCAUUGCCGGUGAGGCUCGCGAUGCUCUCGUGAACCGCAUCCAGUUCGGUGGUGACGAGGUCGUCAAGGCCAAGGACGGUGCUGGUUCCGCCACCCUCUCCAUGGCUAUGGCCGGUGCCCGCUUCGCUGAGUCUCUGCUCCGCGCUGCCCAGGGCGAGAAGGGUGUCAUUGAGCCCACCUUUGUCGACUCCCCUCUGUUCAAGGAGCAGGGUGUUGACUUCUUCGCCUCCAAGGUUGAGCUUGGCCCCAACGGUGUUGAGGCCAUCCACCCCGUUGGUGAGAUCAACGAGUACGAGCAGAAGCUCCUCGAUGCCUGCCUGGUUGACCUGAAGAAGAACAUCCAGAAGGGUGUUGAGUUCGUUAAGGCUAAUCCUUAA